AUGGAUUUAUCAAGCUCAUCUCCUUCAAAUCGAAAUAUAUCCGUCAAGGGAAACGGUACUCUUCAAAAUACUUCGAACCAGCCACCUGUGCUGAUAAUGAAUCUCACAAAUAUAAGCAAUUUUAACUCAGUUUCAACAACGUUAACCGGUGCAGCCACUCAUUUGGACGAUAUUAAAGAAGAAGAAGACAUUGAAUUGACCAGAUUACAAACAGACCAAAGUUCUUUGAGUAUUACGACACCUCUCGAUGCAGCAAACUCUUUUUUAACAAAUAACGAUAACAGUUCAAAUAAUUCGGAAAUUAGUGCAUUCUCAGCACCUGUUAACGGUAUGAGUCCAACUGGUCAUAGUAAUACGAAUAAUAUAAGUCAUCAUGAUGUCAAGGAAAUCUUACCAGAGAGUGCGAAUAAGAUGAAUAGUCAUGAGGAGUUUUCUCUGCUUCCUCCUUUACCAAACCCAUCAGAAUUAGAAAUAGAUAAUCUCGAGAUUAGUACCAACGUAGACGAAGAAACGAAAUUUUAUCCUCCAACACACAACACUGAAGAGGUUACCAAUAAUAUAGCAGGUGCGACAACCACUGUGGGCGUUGUGGAACCUCAUAUAUUGGAUAAACACAUGGAUGAAGCGGAUCCUAAUACGUCGUUUGAUUUAGCUAAAGCACUGGAAAUUCCUGCUACUACAGGUAGAUCAAAUAGUGUCAAUACAAGUGGCCAUGAUAGUAAUUCGAAUCAAUUGGAACAACCGGCAAAGAUAACAUUAAAGAAAAUUUCUAGCACUUUAUUGAGUGAUGAUUUGGCAAUAGGUGCUAAAGAUGUUUCGAGUCUGGUAGAAGAAUCAACAUCCUUGGAAAAAAUAGCAAGUAAUUCCUCUACUACAAACGUACCUAGAUAUCUAGCUAAUUCAAGUAUUCGAGACAGUACAGAUAGUCCAAAGCAUAUUAAUUUACCACAUUUGAAUACAUCGAUUGAAAGAUCUGUUAUUGAGAGUCCCUAUACCGCAACAAAGGGAAUCACGGGUCAUAUAAAAACCAAGUCGACAAAUUUUUCUCUUGAGGGAACUUAUUUAUUGUCAAUGAAUCUACCUCACAUGCCAUCACCAACGUUGAAGUACGAUUCCAAUACAACAAGCCCACCAAAAAUCGGACUAAUACGGAGGGCCUCCAGUGCAAUGUUAAGAAAGGCGUCUUUCAAGAUAAACAAAGAUAUUGACGUUGAAACUCCUAAUACUCCAGGUACAAUCAGUCCUUCAUUUUCAGACAUUCAUAAUCAAAUGCAUCUAGAAAGAACAAGGACCAACUCCUUAUCUAGCAACCAUUCAAUAACUUUAACGAGAACUUCAUCGAUAAGUUCAAAAGUUAAACGUGGAUUUUCUAGGAUAAUAAGUUCAUCUAAUAAUAAUAUCAAAAGGGUUGUAUCAACUUCAAAUUUCAAUUUAAAUAAAACAGCAGGUACAGCUAUGGAUACUGCUUCUUCGUUCGAUAAAAAUGAUGGUGUACUCUCGCCUAAAAACACCAAGUAUACAGGAGUGGAUUAUUUCAAUCUCCCAAGGCGCAAGGAUUCUGUGAAGACAGUAUCAAGGAUACCUCUAAGGUCGGCUGAUCAGAAAAUCAUGGUCAACAUAUCAAGUUUGAAAGAACACGUGCCUACGGUUUACGUGACUGAGGAUGUUACAGAUUUAGAUGUGGUUUCUUUAAUUAAACAAACAGGUUUACUGGCGGACAAAUAUGGUCACGGAAGUGAUAACAUUCAUGUUGAUGAAUAUCUGAAACUUUUAGCUCAAACAAAGAAACUUGAAGAUCAAAGGUUCCAAAUAAUAGAGAAGAAUUUUGAGGAAAGUGGUUGGUGCUCUGUUCACGAACUGAAUAAUUUAAGAAGAAAACGGAUGGCCAUCAACAAAAUGUGGUCGGACAAAAUUUCGAAUUUUGAUAAAUAA